CUGAUUUCUGCACGCGCCAGCAGGAGUCUCUUGUUCCCAUAGUAACAAGUCUUCAUUCAGACCCGUACCGAGACGGAGUUGGUUUUUGCUCACUUCUUUGAUCCCUUAAAAAAGGAGAUUUGUUGCUUUUUUCCGCGACCCACGGUGUUUUUGUAUCAAGUUGAAUGCAACUGGGGAGUCAACGCGCGGUUAUAUUUGACUUAAUGUAUGCAAAUAGUGAGAAAAGCAGCGUUCAGCUCGUCGUGUAGCCCAGAGACUGUAGCCUCGGCUCUGCUGUGUUCCAGGGUCCGGAAGUUCUCAGGCAAAAAAGGGAGAAAGGCAUGAAAAAAAGGAGCUGGAAGACACUUUGGUCCGACUUUCUCCGAGCGCAUUGAAACAGUGUUGCCGCUUCUCGCUGCGUUUUCAGAAAGAGCGUCUUUCUUUGGUUCUGUAUUGAAACACUGUGUGCUUUAAUUCAUCGAUGGGUCUACCGACGCUGGAGUUCAGUGAUUCUUUCCUGGACAGUCCGGAGUUCAGAGAGAGACUGCAGUGCCAUGAGAUAGAGCUGGAGCGCACCAACAGGUUUAUAAAAGACCUUAUCAAAGAUGGAAACAUGCUCGUUUCUGCCCUCAAAAGCCUUUCCCUUGCCGUUCAGCGGUUCUCCCAGUCCCUGCAGGAGUUCCAGUUUGAAUGUAUCGGAGAUGCUGAAACCGAUGAUGAGAUCAAUAUAGCUCAGUCCUUGAAGGAGUUCUCUCAGCUGUUGAGCACCAUGGAGGAGGAGAGGAAACGACUGAUCCAGAACGCUGACGACGUGUUGAUCUCACCACUUGAGAGGUUUCGUAAAGAGCAGAUUGGAGCUGUGAAGGAGGGGAAGAAACAGUUUGACAAGGAGACAGAGAGAUAUUACUCUGUUCUGGAGAAACACCUCAGCCUGUCCUCCAAAAAGAAGGAAUCGCAGCUCAUUGAGGCUGAUUCACAGAUGAGCAAGGACAGGCAGGUUUUUUAUGAUGCAUCUCUGCAGUAUGUCUUCAAGAUCCAAGAAGUGCAGGAGAGAAAGAAGUUUGAAUUUGUGGAGCCGUUAUUAGCCUUCCUGCAGGGUUUGUUUACAUUCUACUACCAUGAGGGUUACGAGCUGGCCAGGAGUUUGGAUCCCUACAGCAGACUUCAGUUCAACCUACAGAAUGCUCGCAAUAACUUUGAAAGUACACGUGCGGAGGUUGAGCGGCUGAUGAAGAGGAUCCGCUCUGCAGAAGAAGACUUCAAAGCCCCCAGCUGCUUCACCAUGGAGGGUUAUCUGUACAUACAGGAGAAACGUCCACUGGGUAGUGUGUGGACCAGAUACUACUGCACCUAUGAAAAAAGCUCAAAGAUGUUCAGCAUGAGCAACACUGAGGCCAGACCAGCCAGCAGACAGAACGGUGUGGUGACUGUCCCACCUGAGGUGUUCAGACUGCGCUCCUGUGUCAGAAGGAAGACUGAUUCCAUCGACAAACGUUUCUGCUUCGACCUCGAGGUGGUAGAGAGGCACAGCGUCAUUACCUUGCAAGCACUCUCUGAAGCAAAUAGGCGGCUGUGGAUGGAGGCAAUGGACGGGAAAGAGCCUAUUUACACUCUGCCAUCACUGCUCAGUAAAAAGGAGGAGACUUUUCUGAACGAGGCAGGCCUCAACUUUGUGAAGAAGUGCAUUGAGUUGGUUGAAACAAGAGGCAUUACCACCCUGGGUCUGUACAGGACUGGGGGCGUCAACUCCAAAGUGCAGCGCUUGAUGACAAGUGUGUUUGCAUCCACAGCUCCUGCUGACUUGCAGCUGGAUGGAGACGCCUGGGACAACAAGACCAUCACUAGUGGCCUCAAGAAUUAUUUCAGGUGUCUGGCAGAACCAGUGCUGACCUACAGACUGCAUAAAGAAUUCAUCAAGGCUGCAAAGUAUGAUGAUCAGAAGUACAGAGUGAGAGCAAUCCAUGCACUUGUGCACAAACUGCCAGAGAAAAACAAAGUGAUGUUAGAUCUGUUAACCAACCACCUCUUCAAGGUGUCCUCCCACUGUGACCAGAACAUGAUGACUGUUUCCAAUCUUGGGAUGAUCUUUGGUCCCACUUUGAUGAGGUCACAGGAGGAGACAGUUGCUGCCAUGAUGAACAUCAAGUUUCAGAACAUUGUGGUGGAGAUUAUCAUUGAAAACCAUGACAAGAUUUUUGGUGAGGCCCCAGACCUGUCAGUGCCGUUGCCUCAGGCUCCACCCUCACGGUCCACUCCUCGGAGAAGCAAAGCUAUUUGUCUGUCAUCUGGAAAGAGGAAGGCCCGCCUCUACCCUCCUACCCUCUGCCUGGCAGACAACGACAGUGACACAUUUAGCAGCAGCCCCAGCACGACUCCGAUGGGCAGCCAGGAGUCUCUGUCCUCUCACUCCUCUGAAAAGAACGGCCUGUCUCAAACCUCUCCUCCAUCCUCCCCUCCUGCCAAUGCUGACUCAUCCUCCACGCCUCAGCUGACUCCUCCAGCUUCUUCUCCCUGUCCCCCAUCUAAUAUCUCUUUGAACGGGAAGGAUCAGAAACAGCUGACAGACAGCGGCGCCUCCCCUUGCCUCACACCUGCCUCUUCCCGGACCUCCUCCCAGCUAAAUCCUACCCAGCAAACUUCCUCUGUGUCCUCCUCCUUGUCCUCUUUACUCUCCGAAGACAGGACUCUGUCUGACAAAGGAAACUCAACAGCCUCCUUGUCAUCUGUAAAGGGAUCAAGAUGUCCCUCCAUAGCCUCUUCUUCUACCACUUCCAUCCAGCUCUCCUCUGUGGAGCGCGCCUCCUCUCUCAGGGAGGGACGACCUGUGCAGAGAGUGUCGUCCGUCUCCUCUUUGAAGAGCACUAAUUCUGUGGAUCAAGGAAAUGCCUCCUCCACUCUCACAGAAACAAAAGUGACAGAUUUGACCUCUCCUCCGCGACAGCUCAGAAAAACUUACAGGACCGCCUCCACUUCCUCUUCCUCCUCCUCUUCAUUAUUUCCCUACCGGCUCUCCACAUCUUCCUCCCUCACCUCCCUGCACAUCUCUGAGGAUUAUAAAAGCUGUCAUGGAUCAGUCCAGAGUCUUAUGUUACUGGACCCUCAAGAUACAACACACUCACGAAGAACAUCACACAUCCGCUGUGGCUCUGAUCUGACCGGGAAACACUCUGCAGCCACCACAUCCAGCAACGGCUACCAGAGGCCUGCAUCAGUAUUAUCAACCGGUCUAUCGCAGCGUGCAAGCUCAGUUUUCUCUUCAGCAUUAGACAUUUGUUCCACUGGACGGGAUGCAAAAGCUCUAUAUUCCUGUGAGGCAGAGCACAGCCAUGAGCUCAGCUUUCCACAGGGGGCGAUGUUUUCAAACGUGUACUCAUCUGUGGAACCAGGUUGGCUUCAGGCAACGUUCAAUGGAAAAACAGGCCUCAUACCUGAAAACUAUAUUGAAUACAUGUGAUGUGAUCACCGCAUCUCUGAGUAUCACCAAGACCCGAGUUAGUUUGGUGCCUUACCGUGCCUACAGCAAUACUCUGUGCUGCUGAUCAAAGACAUAAUAUAUUUAUCAUGGAACUGUGACUGUCAUCACUGAACCACUGGGGCUGAUAAUGAAUGAUGUAUUUACUGUAUGUAUAUCAGACUACUAUAUGUGAACCAUGUUGUGUUUAAUUAACCAGCUUUAACUAAAACUGUUCAAAUCUGAUUUGCUGUCUGACUUUUUUGCUUUAAGUUGUAAGCAGAUGAGAAGUGCCUUCAGAGGACAGUAUUCUUUAAUCAAUAUUGAUAACUUUUUAGUUUGUAAGUGAUCGUGUUUAUUUGAAAUGUCCACACCUCUGUGCCUUAAACAGUAUGAACUGGUUGUCUAUGACUGAAUCCUGCCUCAUCACUUAUAUUGUGCUGUCAGUUUCAUGCUGUCUAAAUAAAAUAUUUUCUUAAGCUUU